AUGUAUGAGACUGGUUACAGUCACCAUGAAGUGAUCUUUCAGUUUGGUUUCUUGACGGCCAUCACUGUGCUGUGUAUUGCUUGUCCCUGUGCCCUUGGCCUGGCCACACCCACUGCUGUCAUGGUUGGCACUGGUGUAGGUGCUCAGAAUGGGAUCCUAAUCAAGGGUGCUCAACCUUUGGAAAAUGCUCAUAAGAUCAGGGCUGUGAUCUUUGACAAGACUGGAACCAUUACAGUUGGGACCCCCACGCUUCAGAGGAUUACACUGUUUGUGUCGGAGUCUGUCUGUUCACUGUUUGAACUUAUAGUAUCUGUGGGGAUUGCUGAAUCAAACAGUGAACAUCCUAUAGCCUCUGCCAUGGUGACAUUUACAAAGAAUGUUAUUGGUGACUUCAGUGGUCAGAGUGAAGACUUUGAAGCUGCACCUGGUUAUGGAUUAAAGUGCCAAGUCUCAAGCAUUGAUGGAAUGAUAGAACGUGCAAUGGCAUCCAAGCCUAUGCAAAACUUUCUCAACAGACCAAACAGAUCCUUACAUGGAGAGAAAAUAGUCGUUGGUGGGCAUACAACAUAUGUCACUCACCAAAGUAUCAGAGAAUAUGAAGAAGAGAAUUCUAUCCUAUUUGAUGGGAGUUAUCAAAAUUCUAUUGCUUACCUGGAUGGAGGCAAGGCCUCAAAAACGUAUGAAGUGCUCAUAGGGAAUCGUGGAUGGAUGUUGAAGAACCAUGUCAACUUAUAUCCUGAGGUGGAGUCUGUGAUGGCUGAUCAAGAAGAAAAGGGACAAACUGUAGUCCUCUGUGCCAUGAAUGAGGUCCUGCCAUGGCACAAACAGAAGAAGAUUGAAACCCUGCAAGAGCAAGGAUAUCGAGUGGCCAUGGUUGGAGAUGGUGUCAAUGAUUCUCCAGCCUUGGCUCAAGCUAAUGUUGGUAUUGCCAUCGCUUCUGGCACUGAUGUUGCAGUUGAGGCAGCUGACAUCGUCCUCAUUCGGGGUGUAUUUGUCUACUUUGUACAAAUACCAUAUUAUCUGUUUGGGAAUUUGGCACAGAAUGAUCUGCUGGAUGUCAUUGCCUGCCUGGAUCUCUCCAAACGGACUGUGAGACGAAUACGACUUAAUUUCUGGUUUGCUUCAAUCUACAACAUCAUAGGAAUUCCCAUGGCAGCUGGAGCCUUCCGUCCCCUUGGAAUCGUUCUCCAGCCUUGGAUGGGAUCAGCUGCAAUGGCCUUGAGUUCUGUCUCAGUUGUCUGCUCCUCUCUUCUUCUUCGAUGGUACCAAAAACCAACAUUGAGCACCCUAAGGACACCAGAGUACAAGAAGGCACUGGAAGCUCAUAGUUUGGCCAAAGAUUUGGAUGAAAUUUCUAUUCAUCGUGGAUUGGAACCAGGUUUUAUUGAACGUCCCAAGUCACCAUCAUCUACUUUCAGCAGGAUCCUUAGUUUGGUAGAGGGACGAGUGACACAGGUGGCACAUCAACGGCUUGCCACUGAGGAUCCAGAUGACAUUGACAUUGAAGUGGAUAUUGACGUUUAUGAGGAUACUUCACAUGAACUUGAACCACUUCACUCACCAGAGAAGCAUCACAAACCCACCCUCAUUUAAGGGAUUUAUUUGGUGUGAUACUUCUUCAAAAUGCCUUACAGAUGCUGAAACAUUUCAUAAGUUUCCCUGUCUCUCUGUUACCCAUGACAUUCAAGAGUCUCUUUUCUCCAUCGAAUUAGCUUCAUAUAGCAGGUAAAGUAUUGAUGCAACUGUGACAUGUUGCCAGUAGCUCAGUAGAUGGAUUUCAGGGUGUAUAAGAAUGCUGAUAUGAAGACAAAUGAUGUGACCAGUGUUGUCUUUUUUGUUGUCAACAUUCUGUCUUUAUUAGAAUUCUCAAAACGUGAAGAAAAAAGUUGUAUCUCCCAUUAGAUUUAAGGAAUGCUCUGCAGUCCCAUAUGUUCCAAAUUCUCUUUUGGAAGAAAAGGUUAAUCUCUGUCUCCACCACUGGGGAUACUUACUGUGCGCUCAUUUUUUCGAUGCUGUUGCUGUGAAUGUGAUAGUGCUUAUGCAUGAAAUGGUGUGAACUUUAUAUUUAUAUGCAGACAAUUAAAGUGCAUUUUUAAUGAAAA